CUUGUUCAAAGAGGUCGACGAACAAAAUUUGUAGAAUCGUAAUAAGUGGUUGGUCCAAACUGGCUCAAACGAUGGAAGAAGAAACUGCCGUCUCCGAAGUCCCUGCAUCUGCAGUUUUUGUCCCUCCCUCCGUUCAAGAUCACGAGGACGCAUUGUUGGACGGGAAAAGUUAUGCGCACUACAGUGCUGUGCCAGAAGCAAUAUCGACCAACAGCGAGUCAGAACUAGGGACGCCUUGCGUACUGGGUGUGGACGAAGCCGGGCGUGGGCCGGUCAUCGGACCUAUGAUCUAUGGAGUCUACUACCUUCCCAUCGAACUGGAGCAGUCAUUACUAUCCACGACGUAUCACUUUGACGACUCCAAGGUCCUCACUCCUGCCGUCCGAGCCAACUUGAUGAAGGCGGUUUGUCAAGCAGACACAGACUUGUACAAGUCGUCUGGCUGGGCCAUCAAGUCACUCAGCGCCCAGGACAUUGGCGCUGGAAUGAUGAAGAACGGAGGUUCCUACAACCUCAACGCGCAGGCCAUGGACGCCACGGUCGAGCUGAUCAGAGGCGUCGUUGAUCGAGGCGUCAACGUCAGCGAGAUCUACGUCGAUACCAUUGGCAGACCCUCGGUGUAUCAGAAAAAGCUGCAGUUGAUUUUCCCAACCAUCAAGAUCACGGUCGAGAAAAAAGCCGACAGCCUCUUCCCCUGUGUCAGCGCGGCCAGUGUCGUAGCAAAAGUGACGAGGGACGUCAGCUGUGAGACCCUUCUCGAAGAGUACGUUCGUGCGGUCGGGCCUUCCUCAGAACACGAUGACCAGGAAGUCACAUGGGGGUCGGGUUAUCCUUCGGACGCAAGGUGCGUGAGCUGGAUGAAGGCUGCAAUCGACCCUGUUUGGGGUUUCGGAAAUGAAUGCAGGUUCAGCUGGGGUACCGUCAAGGAUAUGCUCGAGCAGAAGGGUGGAGUUGCGAAGAGGACAGACUGGCCGGAGGACGAUGAGGGUGACAACAUGCGGCUUUCACACUACUUCGGGGGUGAAGGGGGAUCUGGUCCUCAGACAGAGACGGAUGAAUUGCGGACCUGGUUUGGCACUGGCGUCGGACAGAAAGCAUUUUGAUUGUCAUCACUGUUCUUUGCUGGCUAAAGCGCUUUCCAGAAGACAAAGUUUGCAAACGCCACGCUGAAAUUCCCGCAUGCAAAAAUAUGACAAAAUGGGAUCCUCGAGUAUCCCAGGCCGCUUCAGAGCUUCGACUUGGACCAGAGGCCCUUCAUGGCGCCUUGGAAACCAGGAAGGUUCGCUGGGCCAUCAUAGAUGUCUCUCUCAACAG